AUGCUAUCAGACUACUGGCUUCUCACGGAUCUGGACGGGACGCUGAUCCCCACCCCGCACAAGGCAAACGGCCGGUAUCUCCCCAUCACGCGAAGCCCGUGCUUUGAGCCUAUCAAGCAGUGGCUGAGCAGUGACGGCAACGUGUGCAUCGUCACGACGGCGGACCUGCGGGCGAUCGACCAGGUGUACUACCCGCUGAGAUCGUUUCUCAAGACCUAUCAGGAGUACGUCAAUGAGGCUGCGGCGGCAGGAACUCCGCUAGCGACGGUUGAUGGCAUGACAGCGCAGCCGCCCCGCCGCGGCUGCCUGCUCUUGUCCCUCUACACCGGCGCUGUUCUGUACUGGUGCACAUCCGACUCGAUUAUCAUGCUUCCGGGGUACGCGAGCGCUGUGCACUGCGCCACACGCGAGGCCGUCGAGCUGGCGACUGCCUACCAGGUGCGUAUGUCGCACGCCACCUUGUUUGUGGACGGCAGUGGUAAGCAGCUGCGUCCGCAGCCGGAGGUGUGCGUGCGUGGCACCUGCAUCGAUUCCGCAACCGCCCGCUGCCUGCGGACGCGCGUCGAGGCACUUUAUCUGGAUUUCGUUCGUGACGUACUCUCCGGCAAGGACCCCGCCGUACGCGAGGCAAUGAAGUGGCUCUCGCAGCGCUACCAGAGCAUGUGGGGUGGCCUCUUGCAGUACCUUGAGCUUAUUUACGGAACGGCGGUGCACAACCACCCCACAUCACCGCUACUGCUAGGCACGAUGGCUAAGCAGACACUCUUGUCACUGGCGCAGCAGCCUCCAGCGGACCCUGAAGCUGUGGAGUGGAAGGUGGAGUACCUGCGCUCACGACGGGGCUUCUUGACCGCCGUCGGCAUCCUCCGCGUCGAGUACGUCGACUCACAUUUGUGCUACACUGGGGACGACAAAGGCACGCCGCAGCGGGGGUCGAACCAGCAUGCCGAGACUCAGACGAAGGCGGCGGAGCGUGCACAGCUCGUCUCCUACGCAGCUCAGGUGCUGCUGGCUGAUCUGCCCGCGACGGCUGCGCCGAAGCUGGCGGCUGCAACGGCGACGAUGGCGAGCUUCUUGGUCGACCUCCUCGCUCCCAGUGCGAGGCAUUUUCAGCGGCAGAUGCGUGAUGCUACGCUCCCUGUGACGGAGCUGGCACCAGCGUCCCCCUCGUCCACCUUGCCUGCAUCGUCGGAAGGUGCGGCCAACAUUGCACAGGUGAUACUGCUCGGCCUGCCACUACGUCUCUUCUCCAAGUACUUCCGGUCUCACGUGGCGGAGCUGGUGCGCGGUGGCGUGAACCCCAUGCCGCAGCCAAACAGCGUCGUCUUCUCCAAGAUUGGUGUGAGCAAGUCCACGGCACUGCGCUACCUACUGGGCAGGGACCGGGUCGCUCCUGUUGAGGACUGGCAGCUGCACUUCACCGAAGCCACCCCAAGCCCCAAAGUGGGCCCGGCAAGUCAAGCAAUCAACUUCGCCGGGUGCGUCGGGCGCUAUUACGGCAUCGCCAUGGGUGACAACCCGCAAUCCACCGACUACGAGCUGACGGUGUUCCGAGAUCUGCCGUUUCUAUCUGUGGAGGAGGAGUCUCAGCGGGUGGAACGGCAGCGACGCAUUCUUCGACGACUGCAGCGUACACAGUCCAUCGAGAGCCGUGGCGGCCAGCCGUUGAUGCCAGAUGGCAGCCAGGCGCCGUCCUACGCGGAGCUCGUCAGCAGCCUGCACCGCAGCGGACCCAUGAUGGACGACCGUCUUUUUCGAAACAUCAACUACGUUGGUGGUGAGGAAGAGGGCACGGCGCUGUUUCUUGCCGCACUGCUCCACUACGCCAAGGGAGCGCGUACGAGCAAAAAGGGCCAGUUGACGACGGCGGAGUUCCGCGGUGCUGUCAGCAAAGCACAAGAGACAAGUCGCGAUCAGGUGAUGCACCGCACACCCCCUGCGAAGCUUUAG